CCUGGCAGGCUGCGGCUUGGGCCUCCAGGCAGCUCAGUUGGCUGCUUGACGUGCAAGAUUUGACUGCAGUGUGGGACUACUGUGCCUCGGCCUCCCUAGGUGGAGGGAGGCCCAGGACAAUGGCUGCUGCUCACGAGAUGCUGGAGAGUGUGAAUCUGAAUAUGGAGAGAGACGGAAAGGAAGAACCGGAGGAGGAGAAAAUGAGAGGGGAUGGGGAAGAUAAAGACGUCCCCAGGAGCAGAAAAGUCCACAGGAUUGUCUCCAAUUGGAUGCUUCCUGAGCCAGCCCGAAGAACAUACAUGGAGAGAGCCAACUGCUUCCCACCGCCCCUGUUCAUCAUCCUCAUCAGCCUGGCUGAGCUGGCUGUGUUUAUUUAUUAUGCGGUUUGGAAGCCUCAGAAGCAGUGGAUCACCCUGGACAUGAGGAUCUUGGAAAGUCCCUUGACGUACUGCCCAAAGAAGAGGGAGGAAGCCUGGAGGUUUAUCUCAUACAUGCUGGUCCAUGCAGGAGUCCAGCACAUCGUGGGGAACCUUUUUAUGCAGCUUGCCCUGGGUAUUCCUUUGGAAAUGGUCCACAAAGGCCUCCGAGUGGGGCUGGUGUACCUGGCAGGAGUGCUUGCAGGUUCCCUGGCCAGCUCCAUUUUUGACCCACUUAAGUGUCUUGUGGGUGCUUCAGGAGGAGUCUACGCACUGAUGGGAGGCUAUUUUAUGAAUGUUAUAGUGCAUUUUCGAGAAAUGAUUCCUGCCUUUGGAAUCGUCAGACUACUCAUUAUCAUUCUGAUAGUUGCGUCAGACAUGGGAUUUGCUCUCUACAGAAGAUUCUUUGUCCCUGAAAAUGGGUCUCCGGUGUCCUUCGCUGCUCACAUUGCAGGCGGAUUUGCUGGGAUGUCCAUAGGUUACACCGUGUUCAGCUGCUUUGACAAGACCCUGCUCAAAGACCCCAGGUUCUGGAUCGCAAUUGCUGGAUAUGUAGCUUGUCUCUUAUUUGCUGUCUUUUUUAACAUCUUUCUGUCCCCAGCAAACUGACUUGCCUCUAUUAUAAGGCAGAUAAUAAAAGUGUCACAUGGGGGGAGAUGGUAAACUUUGUAAAGAAGCACAGAUAUCCCAGCAUAUGCUAAGAACGUUAUAAAGAAGACAGGAUAGCAACUGAGCUUCAAGUAGGAAGGAAGAAGAUAAAAAGCAGACUGGGUCAUUCAUGCAUAGAGCACGCGUGCAUCAUCCUGUGAAGGAGUCUUGAUAUUUUGGGGGGAUGUAAUUUGGAGCUUGUGUAUAGGCUCCAUGAGAACUGUACUAUCCUGAUAAUAAACGGUUUUUCAUAUCUG